AGUCGUCGUAAUCAUUUGAAUACAAUUUUCAGUAACGUAAUUUUUUAAGUUUACCUUAAUAAUUUACAUUAAUUUCAAAUGUAAUCUUCCUUAUGUUGAAAGAAAAAUUUAGGCGAGCAAUAACUUUGAUUUUAACAUUUAAAUCGUAAAUUAUUCGACGUUUCCUCUCAGCACUUUAUGCGGUCAUGUAUUUAACAUAGUAAACUGAACCUAGGACAAUGUUUACAUAUUCUGGAUGGCAUCCCCCAACCCUCCUAUGUUCUUAUUAGUAACACACUUUGAUCCCAGUCGUGCACAGAUUCUUAAGGCAAAAUAACGGGACGAUCGUCAGCUUCAGGUUUGUACGUUGAGGCUUUUGAUGACGACGCAAUUCAAAUAUUUGCGUUUUUAGCUUCGUUCACGGCUGAUUUACACCUUCGCAUUGUUUCCGUAAACCGCAUCUUGUACCUUUUCCAAUGACAAAUGCAUGGAGCCACCGCUGGAUAUUUUCAGCAGUCAAUCCUUCAGGCCGUCUACUCUCUUGGGGGGACUUAGGCCAUUGCUCUUCCCUUUUUGUCAUUCGUGCUAUCUUGUUUUACUGUGAGCAAAAGCAAAAGAACACAAGCAUCCGUCGAGUGCAGUCGAACCGAAGAAAAUGCUGCCGGGAAGGGAGUUUGGAUUGGCUCUAACGUCUCUGCUUUCUUGGUUGCUGUUUGGUGACAGUUCCAGCGAUCCCGAAGGAUUCGUCCGCGACGCGUCGACUAUUCAGAGUGAAUAUGAUUUUAUUAUAAUCGGAGCUGGAUCAGCCGGCGCUGUUAUCGCUAAUCGUCUAACUGAAGUGGAGGGUUGGAGCGUGUUGUUGCUGGAGGCUGGAGUUGAUGAAAGUAUAACUGGACAAAUACCACUGUUCGCUGGUAGCUUACAAUUGACGAAUUUGGACUGGCAGUACAAAACAGUCCCUCAGGACAACGGUUGCCAAGGAUAUGCUAAUCGCAAGUGCAACUGGCCUCGGGGUAAGAUGUUAGGUGGAAGCUCCUCUCUCAAUUACAUGUUGUACGUUCGAGGAAACAAGCGAGACUACGACAAAUGGAGAGAUGACGGAAAUAUCGGUUGGGGAUACGACGAUGUUUUGCCAUAUUUCCUUAAAUCAGAAGAUAAUCAAAAUCCUUUCCUCGCCGGAACGAAAUACCACGGCAAAGGUGGUUAUUUGACGGUUGGUGAAGCUGGUUUUCGUUCACCGUUAGGUGCCGCAUUCAUUCAAGGCGGGGUGGAAAUGGGAUACCAAAAUCGAGACUGUAAUGGCGAAUUCCAAACAGGUUUUAUGUUUCCCCAGGGAACUGUGCGUCGUGGAAGGCGUUGUUCAACUUCGAAAGCUUUUCUACGGCCAGUCCGCAAUCGACCGAAUCUUCACAUUUCUAAAAAUUCGCACGUUUUGAAAAUUAUCAUCGAUCCUGAUACGAAAACAGCGACGGGAGUUCAAUUUGAAAAGCGUGGAAGGAAGUAUGUUGUCAAGGCCAAUAAAGAAGUUGUGUUAUCUGCCGGAAGUAUUGCUUCUCCGCAAAUUCUCAUGUUGAGCGGAGUUGGGCCAGCGGAUCAUUUGAAAGAGAAAGGCAUUACUCCAAUAUUGGAUCAACCCUUCGUUGGAGAAAACUUGCACGAUCACGUUGGAAUCAUCGGAAUGGUUUUCCUUAUCGAUAAGCCUUAUUCUGUUAUUUCAACUACCAGAGUUAUGAAUUUACCAGUCAUUCUCAAUUAUACUCUCUUCGGAGGAACCACCAUGUCUCUGUUAGGCGGGGUGGAAGGACUUGGUUUUAUUAAAUCAAAAUUUGCUGAUGCUGCAGAUGACUCGCCGGAUAUUCAAUUGCACUUUGGUUCCGGCAGUGAAAUAUCUGACGACGGUACUGCCGUCCGAUUCGCUCAUGGCUUUUCCGAUGAAUUGUGGAAUGAGUACUACAAACCAAUAGUCAACAAGGAUAGUUGGUCCGUCUUCCCUUUGUUUUUGCAUCCAAAAUCGCGAGGAAAUAUUCGACUGAAUUCGAACGAUCCUUACGACAAACCCCUCAUCAACCCGAACUACUUCUCAGAUGCCCGUGAUUUGGAAGUGACUGUCGAAGCGGUCAAAUUCUGUUUAGCUCUCAGUAAAACGGAAGCGUUGCAGAAAUUUAAUUCCAAGUUGUACGACAAACCUUUCCCCGGAUGCGAAGACCAACCACUGUGGACGGAUGAUUAUUGGAAAUGCUGGAUCAAGAGAUCCAGUUUCACUUUGGCACAUACGGUAGGUACUUGUAAAAUGGGUCCCGACUCCGACCCUGCAGCCGUUGUCGAUCCUCAGUUGAGAUUCAGAGGCAUAAAGAACUUGCGCGUUGCUGACACAUCCAUCAUGCCGAUUGUGCCUAGUGGCAAUACAAAUGCACCAACGAUUAUGGUGGGAGAAAAGGCGUCCGACUUGAUUAAACAAACUUGGCUGUAAUGUAUGUAUGGAGAAAUAAAUGAAUUAUACUUUUGAAGCUAUCAGUGGUUCACUGCAUAAUAUCAUUUUAAGAAAACAAAUUUUCUUAUUUUAUGUUUGAUGUUCACCGAGAAAUUGGGGAACCUCGUAAAAACGGUUAACGUGAAACGAUAUAUUUCUCUCUAACAUCCCCUCUCUAAUUUUCAAUUGCGACAAGGAAAUAAGUAGUUCUUCAACUUUUUUCCUUUCUAUCCUCUCUCCGAUUCAAGGUCGCGCGUUGUUAGCUGACGGUGCACGAAGAUAUUUCGGUCAAGGAUACCUGAUGGUCUGAUAAAUAAAACCGUUUUUUUAUUAGUUCAUUCUCAGGUCGUCGAGCGUCAUAAUCUUCCGCCUAUACAUCACUGUCAGUCAUUAACUAUGUCGAAACAGGUUCUUGCUGCUGCGAUGGAAAUUAUUGAUGGUUAUUUUUGAAAAUUCGCGCCCUUUUUCAAUUCGAUUCAGAGGAUCGCAGAACUUAUGGUCAUUGCUCUUUUUUUUAAAAAUUGAUACUAUUUUAGCGCCUGUCCAGUUUCCGUACCGAUUCUUCAGAUAUAGAUUGAUCGAGUUUAGCUGCGAUUUAGCUGAUUAUAUUAGGUGCCGGCAGUUGAAUCUGGAACACCAAGCAAUUCUUGCUGAGGGCUGAUACGGACGAUGGGCGUGGAUUCCUUUACAACUCGUGACUCUAGUGGACACUGGCGAUACCGUCUUGGGAAAGGACUGCAAGCCAUAAACUUAACGAAUCGCACCCUGAAGACUACGUGAGAAUGUAAGGUGAGUGGAACGCUCCUCAAUGUAAAACAUGAACUAGACGUGUGGCUGUUAGUCAUCACUUAACAACCGCCGAACCCAUCAGUACCCAUCCUCGGCUAGCAAGCAGUGUGAUUCUUAAUUUGCUUAAGCCUGAGUGUCGAAAAACGAAACAAAAAAUACGGUAAGUGCAAUGCCAGAAUUGUUAUUGCAUCUUGGAAUUUAAAGAUGCGAAUUGCAUUCUGCCGUGAGAUGGCUUUUAUUUAACAUUUUAUUUCGGCUUUACUUGUCACUCACGGAAGAUAAUCCAUCAGUCAAAGUGAUUGAACUUGGAAAAAAUGUUGGGUAUAAUGAAUGAUUACACGACAAGGUUCAAGGUUGUCCGUGUUCAAAAAUCUGCCGAAAAGUAACGGGGAAUAAACGGGAGAUGAAAAAUCUUUCAAGCUAGUAACGAGUGAUAACAUAUUAUUCAAAACUUCUUAGUUUACGGUACCCUAAUAUUUAUUCUGUUAUGCGAUGUUUCUGGAUUCAUGGACUUGAAGAACGUAUAAACGGCUGAGUACACGCGAUAUUCCUUUUGGCGUACGUGAUGUAUUGUUGGCAGAAGUGUUGUACUUUUUCGGUCAUAGUAAUCUUACGAUCCCAAUAUAUGCAUCCUUCCAGUUGGAACAGG